UCUAUCUCUUCUGCGCUUGCGUGCCAAUUUAGCCUUUGCAUUAAAUGCCUCCUUUGCAUUCCUGGGAAAGCAAAGCAUUUCCUUAGCUUUUAUAAACUGAACUGUUUCAAAAGCCAUUAAUGCCAUUCCAUCUUCCCUCUCCUUUGGCCGCCGCCUCCUCCUCCUCCUCCUCCUCUUCGGUUGCAGAGAAAAAGAAUGAGGCAGCUUUACACCCGAAAUGGAAGGCUCAAACGCCUGCUCUCCGCCAUCCGAAUAAGGAGCAACGAACCAGAGUGCCGGGAGGAUGCCUCUGCCGCCACUGCCCCUGUUCCUGAGGUGCUCGACGAGAAACCGCCGGUGAAACCGAGCUGGAGGUGCUUCUGCUACAAAGAAAUCCACAAGGCCACUGACGGUUUUCACAAAGAUAACCUGGUGGGCGUCGGUGGGCACGCGGAGGUGUAUCGGGGCGUGAUGGUGGACGGGCAGGUGAUCGCCGUGAAGAGGCUGAUGAGGGCUUCGUCGGACGAGCAGAGGGAGAAGGAUUUCCUUACCGAGCUCGGCACCGUCGGCCACGUCCGCCACCCCAACGUCUCUGCCCUCCUCGGCUGCUGCAUCGACCGCGACCUCCACUUGAUCUUCGAGUUCUCUUCUCGCGGCUCUGUCUCCUCCAAUCUCCACGACGAGAAUUCACCGCCUAUGGCUUGGAAACUGAGGCACGACAUAGCGUUGGGAACCGCCAGGGGACUCCAUUACCUGCACAAGCAAUGCCAGAGGAGGAUCAUCCACAGGGACAUCAAGACCUCCAACAUCCUCCUCACUGCAAACUUCGAAGCCCAGAUUUCAGAUUUCGGCCUCGCCAAGUGGCUCCCAUCCCAGUGGAUUUACCGCGCCGUCGGACCAAUCGAAGGCACUUUCGGAUGCUUGGCGCCGGAGUACUUCAUGCACGGCAUCGUGGACGAGAAGACCGACGUCUUCUCAUUUGGUGUUUUCCUGUUGGAGAUCAUAUCGGGAAGGAAACCUGUCGAUGGUUCUCACAAAAGCUUGCUCAGCUGGGCGAGGCCUCUUCUGAAUGAUGAUUCCGCAAUUCAAAUGCUGGUCGAUCCGAGAUUAGGAAGUGAUUACGACAUGGGGCAGCUUAAAAGGCUCACCUUUUCGGCCUGUCUUUGUAUCAGAGCGACUGCAGCUUUGCGACCUUCAAUGACUGAGGUAAUGGAGAUCCUGGAAGGCGGUGAGAUUUCACAAGAUCGAUGGAAUGUGCCUGAGGAGGAAGAGGAAGAGGCAUUUUGGGUCUUCGAUGAUCUCGACGAUGAUGACAGUGAUGAUGGUAAUUGCAGUACUCCAUCAGUGUAAAGUUCCCAAAACCAAUUUUAGUAGCACAUUUGCAGAGCAUUAGUACUGAUGCAUAUAACCGUAGUUAGUAAGGUUGACAUUUGUGAGGCUGGUGAUGCAUUAUCUUAAAUUGGUAGGUCAAGGGCUUCACCCCUAAAUUCAUAUCUGACUGCUGUAGAGAUAGGGACAUUGAGGAAGAACAGUUGUUAGAUUUGGCCAACUUUGAGCCAACUGGAAUAGGAUUUUUUUUUCUCUCUUUUGAAUAGGAAAAUGGAGCAGUUCCGAGCAGGUGGCAGGUUGUCUUGACCUGAAAUGACAGAUCGGAUAAAUGAUACUUAAAAUGAAGGCUAAAUGGUAUUUUGAUUAGUGGUGUAUAGCUUUAGGCAGCCUACUGUCUGAUUUUCUGAAGAGCAAAAAAAAGAGUUUACAUAGGUUUAGAAGACAUGUCAUCUAGUAAUAUAUUUUAGCUGGGUUGGGAAUUGUAUGAUCAAUGCCAUGCAUGCUGCUAAAGUUCACACGGCAAGCAACAUAUUGAAACAGGACGAUCAACAUAGUGGCUGAUCAUGCUUCUGUGGUUUUCACUAAGGUUAUUGCAAUAGUUUGGCUUUCAUUUUACUGAUAUUUAAAGUGAAUUUUGAGGUCCUGAGAUCAGAGGACGUUGUGGUUGUACAAGUACAACUAUUAGUUUGUCUCAGAAUUAUACAAAAGGACCAUAAAUUUUCAAUCGUGUUA